UCCAAUCGGCAUGGCUGGCUGUGUCCUGUUGCACCGGGGCCUUCUCCUCCUCCUCCUCCUCUUCCACCAGGCAGAACCGUCGGUGUUUGUUCCGGCCACAAGCGCAAACCAAGUUCUGCUGAGGUGGAAGCGUGCUGGCUCCUACAUCCUGGAGGAGCUCUUCGAGGGCAACUUGGAAAAAGAAUGUUAUGAAGAGAUCUGCGUCCACGAAGAGGCCAGAGAAGUGUUUGAAGAUGAUGAAGCCACGGAUGCAUUCUGGAGAGAGUACAGGGGUGGCUCUCCAUGUGUCUCCCAGCCCUGCCUCAACAAUGGCUCCUGCCAAGAUGCCAUCCGCAGCUUCACCUGCACCUGCGCCCCAGGCUUUGAGGGCAGGACCUGUGCCCUGGCUAAGAACAAAUGUCACCCAGAGAGGCUGGAUGGGUGCCAGCACUUCUGCCACCCGGGGCAGGCAUCCUACACGUGCAGCUGCGCACAGGGCCACAAGCUGGGCAAGGACCGAAGAUCGUGUGCUCCCCAUGAGCAGUGUGCGUGCGGAGUCCUGGCUUCCCAACACGUCAAGAUGCCAGAAAGCAGUGGGCUGAGACCAACUGGUUUCCCGUGGCAGGUCAAACUGACAGAUUCGCAAGGGAAAGACUUCUGCAGUGGUGUCAUAAUACAGGAGAGCUUUGUACUGACAACAGCACAGUGCUCACUACUGCACAGAAAUAUCACUGUCAAAUCAAGUCCUGCCAGGCCAGGUGAGGCCCCGAGGACGGCCAGGGUCAGGCGUGCACAUGUGCACCUGCGCUACGACGCGGCCUUGGGCCAGAACGACGUCUCCCUGCUUGAGCUGGAGCAGCCCAUGCACUGUCCUGGCUGGGGGGUCCCUGUGUGCAUCCCCGAGCGGGACUUUGCAGAACAGAUCCUCGUCCCGGGGACGGUGGGUGUUCUCAGUGGCUGGACAACUAAUAGCACUGACCUGGAUGAAAUGCUGACAACCCUGCCGGUCACACAGGUGGAUAGGGAGGAGUGUGGCCAGGCCCUGAAUGUCACCAUCACCACACGGACGUGCUGUGAGAGGGGCGCUGCGGCAGCUGGGCCGUGGGUGGCAGGAAGUGUGGUCAUCAGAGAACACGAGGGCACCUGGUUCCUCACGGGAAUCCUGGGCUCAUCACCCCUGCCGCAGGAGCAGGCAGCCACAUUCCUUGUUACCAAGGUCUCAAGAUACGCGCUCUGGUUCAAACAGACAAUGAAAUGACCGAGACUCAGCCAAAAGGGCCAGUCACAAGAUCACCGCUGAGCACUGUGACAUUCCUCUCCGUGGAGUUUUUAUCUCAACCAAGACCUCAGAGA